CAUAUGCGUGUAGAGGAUAAACGCAAAACAAUUGUGAAAUUAAAUUUUGUAUUAGUUUUUAACUUCAAACAUCGAAAAAGCGAAUAUUAGCAGCCAUGGUGGUACGUGAGUACAAUGAGGAAUUGAAAUACAUCGAGCGUAUUUCGCCCAACAGUUUCCUCAUCAAGAAAGGCUUUCAGCCGAACAUGAACGUUGAGGGUAUCUUCUUUGCCAACAGCCGGCUCGAGAAGCUGAUGUUUGAUGAGCUGCGAAAUUCGUGCCGGCCGGGUAUGACCGGUGGGUUUCUGCCGGGAGUGAAACAGAUUGCCAACGUGGCAGCGCUACCAGGAAUUGUUGGACGAUCUGUCGGUCUUCCGGAUAUUCACUCAGGCUAUGGUUUUGCUAUCGGCAAUAUGGCUGCGUUUGACAUGAGUGAUCCAACGUCAAUCGUUUCGCCGGGAGGCGUCGGUUUCGAUAUCAACUGCGGUGUUCGGCUGCUACGAACAAAUCUUUUCGAGUCGGAUGUAAAACCGGUGAAGGAAAAUUUGGCUCAAAGCCUGUUUGAUCACAUCCCGGUGGGUGUGGGAUCAAAGGGAAUCAUUCCAAUGAAUGCACACGAUUUGGAAGAAGCGCUGGAGAUGGGUAUGGAUUGGUCACUACGAGAGGGUUACGUAUGGGCAGAGGAUAAGGAACAUUGCGAAGAGUACGGACGGAUGUUGAAUGCUGAUCCAAGCAAGGUGAGCAUGCGCGCGAAAAAACGAGGUUUGCCUCAAUUAGGAACGUUAGGGGCUGGAAAUCACUACGCUGAGAUUCAGGUUGUGGAUGAAAUAUACGACAGAUACGCAGCCAGCAAGAUGGGUAUUGAAGAAAGGGGUCAAGUCUGUGUUAUGAUCCACUCCGGAAGUCGUGGAUUUGGUCAUCAGGUGGCCACUGAUGCAUUAGUCGAGAUGGAAAAAGCUAUGAAACGAGAUAAAAUUGAAACUAACGAUCGACAGCUGGCUUGUGCUAGGAUCAAUUCGACUGAAGGACAAAAUUAUCUAAAGGCCAUGGCCGCAGCAUCUAAUUUCGCCUGGGUCAAUCGCAGUUCCAUGACGUUCCUUACUCGACAAGCAUUCGCCAAACAGUUUAACACUACACCGGACGACCUCGACAUGCACGUGAUAUACGAUGUAUCUCACAACGUUGCCAAAAUGGAAGAGCAUUUGGUAGAUGGUCGUCCCAAGCAGUUACUGAUUCAUCGAAAGGGCUCCACGCGAGCUCUGCCACCGCACCACCCGUUGAUCCCGGUUGACUAUCAGCUAACUGGACAACCUGUCCUCGUCGGUGGCUCCAUGGGAACGUACAGUUUUGUUCUGACCGGUACUGAGAGAGGAAUGGCAGCCACUUUCGGGUCGACGUGUCACGGAGCAGGGCGCGCUUUGUCGAGAGCCAAAUCACGCCGCAACCUUGACUACAAAGAUGUUUUGCGCGAUUUGGAAGCUAAGGGAAUUUCAAUCCGGGUUGCUUCGCCCAAACUGGUACAGGAGGAAGCACCGGAUUCAUACAAAGAUGUACAGGAUGUGGUGCAAACGUGCCACGAUGUGGGUAUUAGUGCCAAAUGUAUCAGGCUGAGACCAAUUGCUGUCAUCAAGGGUUAGUAGCGGGUAGUAACACUUGCGUUAUGAUUGCAUUCAAUGAUGUUGAUUGUAAGCUAAUGUACCACAAAUAAAAUUGGUAAAUGAACAAAAUA